AUUUUGUCAGCGUUUACAGGAGCGAGAUAACAAGGCGAGCGCUGUUCAGCAGGAAGUCAAGCUAUAUCACCGAAGUGCGCAUGCGCCGCAGCUCUCCUCAAUCUAGGGCUGCGUUUGUCUUCAUAAAACGAUGAACAAACUCCUGGAUAGCUGUCCUAUGAAAGCAGCCCCCCCUCUGUAGUCUACUCUAAGAGUGUGAUGGAGAGCACCGACGAGGUCACGGUGUCCAUGGCGGAGGUGGUGAUGGUGAAGGCUGACGACGGAGACCCCGAUGACCCUAAUAAGACUCAGGUCAUCCUCCAGCUCCAGCCAAUCCCCACUGGAGAUGAAUCUGCUGAAACUGAUGCAGCUGUGAUGACUGUUGAAGCUCAUCAAGAACAAACUGACGGCGAUGGCGUUGAAAUCGGCUGUCCGAUAACAUGCGGCGACUGUAAAGCCGUGUUGCUGGUGAAGAAGUUUGUUUGCCCAGGAAUCAAUGUAAAAUGUGUGAAGUAUGAAGACCAGCUGAUCAGCCCGAAGCAGUUUGUGCACAUCUCUGGAAAAGCGACUCUGAAAGACUGGAAGAGAGCCAUCAGGAUGGGAGGAGUCAUGCUGCGAAAGAUGAUGGAUUCAGGUCAGCUCGACUUCUACGAGCACAACACGCUGUGCACCAACACGUGUCGCAGCACCAAGUUUGACCUUUUAAUCAACAACACGCGCUUCCCGCCCGACGGCUCUGGACUUCCCACGCCCACGUCCUCCCAAGCCCAGUUGGUCCUGGGUAACGGCGGGACGGCGGGCGAGGACAGAGCAGAUGUUCUGAGUGGGAAGAUGGACUGGAUUACAAGCUCGCUGGAGGCUGCAGACAAGAAGGAAUCAAAUGAGAUCUCAGAGGACACGCUGAACUUCUGGAAAGGCAUCGCCGAUGUGGGUUUGUUGGGUGAAGUGGUGACCAACAUCAGCACAGAGCUGCAGGAGCUGCUGAACGGCGUGCAGCAGCGCCGGGAGCCGGCUGCCCUACAGGACACAGAUUCCUGUCUGGUGGAGGUGGCGGUGCUCAGUAACCUCGCCCAAGUGUUCGGCCUGCUCGACUCGGUCAAGAAGAUGGUGGAGAAGAGGAGGCAGCAGACGGAUCCCAGCCAGGAGCAAAUGCUCUGCACACUCAGCAACCUGGAGAUGCAGCUGGAAGAGCAGAGGAAGCAGCAGCAUGUGCGAGCGCUCCUGUCCUACCCGCAGCCGGCCAAAAGCAAGACUCCCACCAAGCGCCCGACCAAGCGACCUCGGCUCCAGAGGCCCGCCUCCACCACCACCACCCUGCUCACCUCCUCCCUCAACCAGCAGGCCACCCUGCAGCCCCAGCAGUUCACCGUUCUUUCGCCCAUCUCGCUGUCCUCUGUGGGUCAGCCGUUCACCAUGACGGGCCUGCCCAUCGCCUCCCUGUCUCAGUCCUCCAACACGGUCACCCUCCUCCCCGCCGGCUCGCAGCUCUUCACCCGCUACAUGUUGGCCGGAGACGGAAAUACGGACACCAUCACCUUGCAUCCGUCGUCGGGCCUCACGCUGGUGGGCACCACCAUGCAAGACUCCAGCCAGUUGGGCACGAUUGUGAGCCCCGUAGAGCUGCUGCACCUGACGCAGCAGGUGGGCGGUGCAGAGGGGGUGCCCUUAGAAGGCCACAUGGUGGACGGCACCAUGCUGGUGCAGCAGGAGGUGAUGCAGGGCGAGGUGGAGGCCGGCCAGGAGCACACGGUCAUCGAGAUCAACCCGGCUUCGAUGGAGCAGGCGAUGGGCGUGAUGGAGCUGCAGCUGACCGGGGAGUCGGGCGGAGACGGGGGCACCAUGAUGGUCCAGAGCGGGAUGGAGUUGACGAUGGCUGCAGGGGGGGAGGAGACGCAGUGCCAAAUGCAGGAGGUGCAGACUGGGGGGGUUCAGGGGCUGCAGCUGGACGCCAGCGGACAGUUGACAGGUGUACAGAUUGUGGUGAUAGAAGAAAAUACUCAGGACGAAAACAAGGUGAAGUGAGACUCUCCUCCUCUUUUAUCCAGCAGAGCGAGUACGGACUCAGACUGGGGAGACUGAAUACAGUUUCCAAAUCCACAAAUGCCUUGGCCUAAGACCAAGCUCGAGGGGUAGCCGGCCAUGUUUCCUUUCCUGGUGUGAACAAGCUGCUCAACUUGUUGCUGAUUGUUAUUGACACAAAGAGGCAUCACAGCAAAGAACUCUCUGCUUCUGUUGGUUUGUGUGUUCAGUAGGAUUCUGCUUUAUUACAACUUGGGUCCAAUACUUGUAAUUUGGCCAUCUGUGAUGACAUCAUCGUACUCCACGAGUCAUGUUAGUCAAAACAAUGUGGAAGAAAAGGUCUGGUGUGUUUCCUGUACAGAGGCCGAUCAGAGUUCCCUAAACAUCUCGCCCCGGCCCCGGCCCCGUACCAGAGUCGUGAGAAAACAAGAUGAGCUGAAUAACAAUAAUUUAACAAUAAUAACCGUGAGCUGAGUUUGAGCUUAAAUGAAUUCUUCACCCUGUUGUAUUUCAAACUCUCCACGAUGAACAAAGAAAAGUCUUUAUGAACAAAUGAAACAGCAAAACUGUAUCAGAACAUCCUUUACACACUCACACACACACACACACACACACACACACACACACACACUCACACUCACACAGCUCUGCGUGACAGAGUCUCCUUCAUCCAGCCGGAUGCUCACUACUUCACAAACAUACACACAUACGACGAGACACGAGCUGUGACAGUUUGUAAAAGGAUGUUUUUAUAUAGUGCAACACGGCCCCCAGUGACUUCAGUUCAUCAAGAGCUUGUGAUUCUUCAUUCACGCGGAGGUGAAGUAUUCCUUUUAAAUACGUCGCUCAUCACCUGUAGCUCCAUCUGUGGACACUGCGCUCACAUAACUGCUAGCAACUAGUUCACGUUGUGCAGAGUUCCCCUGACCUCUAACCUUUGCUUUGCUCAUGAUGGUGCUUUACAAUAAAAACAAGCGUCGUUGACCGCUGGUCAGGUGAAGUCUGAGGAGACAUCGCUGUGUUCCCAGAUCUCAUCAAUGACUCAGUACAACGUCAUCAAAACCAACAAACCACGGCCAAAACUACAAAAACACCUCCGUUGUAAUUCUCCUGAAUGAUCCUUCGACCCGCGGACCAGAGUGCACUGCAGCUGUGAAGUGUCCGUACAGGGUGCUGAUGUGCCGCCUCACGACCUCCGACACUGACUCAGUAGCAGCCGUCUGUAAGUCCUGGCCCCCUGCUGUAUGUCCCGGCCCCCUGCUGUUGGUCAGACUUAUUACCAGUAACAGUGUUGGUGUCACUUGAGGCACUGUGGGAAGAACUGUUGUGUCGUAGUGUCGCAUCCAAGCUGUAUUGUUUCUGCACUGUGACGUCCUUUUAAGACAGGAAGACGUUUGCUACGAUGCCUGCUCUCGAAACAUUUCUUUAGGAUUGGGCCCCCCCGAGUGUUAUUUCAUGUGCUUAGUUAAAUGGAAACAGACUGAACUCCUCUCACUGGAAAUGCAUUGCUUCUGCACUUACUGCCUGAUUCACACACUCCAUGUAUUUUCUUUCUUGUGGACACCUAUGGCUUUAUCUCAGUAUGAUAGAUAGUGUGAGUAACUGGGCUGAUUGUUUAAGUCAAUAUAUAAAAAAACACAUUUACUUAAUGUCAAACUUGGUAUGCCUGUAUUUUACUUUGUAAAGUAGUGUCAUCAUAUUUAUUGGACAUGGGCCUCUCUGUUCAAGGUGCAAACAUGGAUUAAUUUAUGCUCCGGGCAGCAGCUCACAUCAACAAAGACCCAGUCAUAACUUGUGCAUUUCCAAUAAUUUAAUUUAUCAAAUGAGGGUAUUUGCAAACUGACUUUGUAAUGUGUUUUAAUAUCAGAUUAAAACCGAGGAAAACAA